ACUAGUCAGACCCCCGGCCUCCCUCCCUGGCGUUGCCGCCGUAGGCUCGGCCUCUCGGGUGGCUGCAGGACGGCGCAGACGCACUGCUUCUGCCCUCCUCCAAUCUCGACCCUCGACGCGUUCCGUUCCUGCGUGGAGGACCCGGGCGGGAGGAGAGGCAUCUCCAAGGGCUGGGGCUGCAGCGUGCGGAGCGGCCGGGCCCAGUGACGGCGCGGAUGGAAGACUCGCAGGUGUUUUGCGUGGCCGAGGAGCGCAGCGGCCACUGCGCGGUGGUGGACGGAAACUUCCUCUACGUGUGGGGGGGCUACGUGUCUAUUGAAGACAAUGAAGUAUAUUUGCCUAAUGAUGAAAUUUGGACCUAUGAUAUUGAUAGUGGGUUGUGGACAAUGCACCUCAUGGAAGGAGAACUCCCUACCUCCAUGUCAGGAAGCUGUGGUGCUUGCAUUAAUGGAAAGCUGUACAUUUUUGGAGGAUAUGAUGACAAAGGAUACAGCAAUCGACUUUAUUUUGUUAAUUUGCGAACCAGAGAUGGAACCUACAUUUGGGAAAAAAUCACCAAGUUUGAAGGAAAACCACCCACACCACGUGAUAAACUUUCUUGCUGGGUAUAUAAAGACAGAUUAAUAUAUUUUGGUGGUUAUGGGUGUAGGAGACACAGUGAACUCCAAGACUGUUUUGAUGUUCAUGAUGCAUCUUGGGAAGAGCAGAUAUUCUGGGGAUGGCAUAAUGAUGUUCAUGUAUUUGACACAAAGACAAAGAGUUGGCUUCAACCAGAAAUUAAAGGUGGAGUUCCCCCACAGCCACGGGCCGCGCACACCUGUGCAGUUCUUGGAAAUAAGGGCUAUAUCUUUGGUGGACGUGUUUUGCAAACUAGGAUGAAUGAUUUGCACUACCUGAACUUGGAUACCUGGACUUGGUCUGGCAGGAUUUCAAUUAAUGGAGAAAACCCUAAACAACGAUCAUGGCAUACUUUAACACCAAUAGCUGAUGAUAAGCUUUUCCUGUUUGGUGGACUAAGUGCGGACAAUAUUCCAUUAAGUGAUGGUUGGAUUCACAAUGUCAUAACAAAUUGUUGGAAACAACUGACACAUUUACCUAAAACAAGACCCAGGUUAUGGCACACUGCCUGUUUGGGAAAAGAAAAUGAAAUAAUGGUAUUUGGUGGAAGCAAAGAUGAUUUACUUUCCUUGGAUACAGGUCACUGUAAUGAUUUAUUGAUCUUUCAAACACAACCGUAUUCACUAGUCAGGUCAUGCCUUGACUGCAUUGGUAAAAAUGCUGUAAUUUUAGAAAGUCAUAUAGCUUUAUUACCUCCUAAACUUCUGCAACAAGUACUCAAAAAAAUCACAUUUUGGACUGCAGCUAAGCACCGAGACGAACAAAGAGCCCAAAAAGAAGAAACAGAAAAUAGGUGUCAGCGGAUCUGUAGGAAUUAAAUUGUUAUAUACUCUCUAUAUUUAGUGUGUUUAAACAUUUAAAUCAGCCUGUAUAUUUAUACCCCAAACUGGAGCCUUUGUUUGGAAGAUAAAAUUUGAAGCAAAAAUGUUAUGUUAAAGUGAUUACAUGGAUGGGAUAUAUGGGAAUGAGGUGUUAAUGGCAGAUUAAUUUAUAUUUCUAAAAUAAAUUCUUUAUGAAUUGCAGAAAAAUAUACCUUCUGAAAGUAAGUACAGUUGUAGGAGAUUUAAGUCAUUGUGUAUCCGUUACUGGAAAGAUUGUACAAAUUUGAGGGGAGUAAGAAAUUACUCAAGGACUUUAGAAAUCAUAAUGAUAUAUAAAUUAAUGAUAAUGAUACAUAAAAACAGGACAUACCAACUUUUAAAAGGAAUAGAUUUUCUCAAGUCACUUUAUAAUUACCUAAAUCUUCUCAUUAAAUAACUUAGUUAUUUAACUAACAUCUUAAAUAACAUCUCCUAAUCCAGCUGGCCUGAUUAUAAAAUAGGCAAACACUGAUGUAGUGUUAGAUGCCGAGUGCCUGCCUUUGGCACUCACCUAGGAAAGCAGUCUCAGGCAUUAACGCAGCUUUCCCUUGUUCUUUCUGUAGGUUUUCUUCGACCUUUAUUUGAGUAGGAAAAUAAAUGUAUUCAAUUGCUUUCUGUUACCCCUAAUUUAUUAGUCUGUCCAAACUUAUAGAUAGAUAGAUAGAUAGAUAGAUAGAUAGACAGAUAUAUACCUAUCUAUAUGUAUUUAUAAAGACUAAUAGACUAAUAUGUCUAUAGUGUAUUAGUUUAUGGUCUCUCUAUAUAUUAGUCUCUCUCUAUAUAUAUAUGAAGACCAUGUUUUAAAGUUUCUAAAAUGGAGAUUUGUCAUACAGGCUUUGAAUUAUUGAGAGGCAGUAUAUUUAUUAAUUGUUGAGACACAUUAAAAUAUAUUUUGCCUUGGGAGAGUGCUUCUACAGUAAUUUUCAUAAAUAAUGAAAUGGAAUGGUAAUGUAGUAAUUUGCCUGUAUUGAAACUCCUCAAUUUUGCCCACCCCAUUCUACAAAGUCGAUGCUUAAGAAUAUUGAAAAUGUGUUAUGUUCCUAUUUAUUUUCAGUAUUAACUGCCUAAACAGAAAUAAAACACUGUAGCUUUAUAUUCUUUAAAAGAGUAAUUUUGCCAUAAUUAAGAAAUUGUGCAUAUUAUCAGUCAUAUUCUUCCACUGAAUAACAAUAUAUUACUGAAAGGCUUGGUAUAUAAAACUACUCUCCACAAUACCACUAUACAAAUUAUCUCUGAAAUUUAAAAGGUGAGAGCAAAUAUUGAAAUGUAUGUAUAAUUUAUAAUGAAAAUUAUAGUAAUUUGAAGUAUCUCAUUACAUUUUAGAGAUAUAUUUUAUAUAUAUGUAUUGUAUUUUGGAUGGGUAAAGCUUCUAUUUAUGUACUGAAACAUUUUGUUAACAUUUUAUUUAUUAUACAAACUAUAGAUUUACUAUUUUCCCAUUUUCACACUGGUUAGUGUGAACCAGUUAUUAGAGUUGAUUGUACAAACAAUAUUUCAGUGUAAAGUUUCAUUUUUCUUACUAUGUUUAGGCCGAAUAAAAAAUUGAAAGAGUGAAUCUCACAGGUAAUAUGCAUCUUGUAA